AUGGAAGCGAUUGAGCGCACAUUUUACCAUGAUGAUGGACAUGGCUUAAAACUGGAGAAUAACCAAGUGAAUCAGUUGAAGAGAAAAAUGACUCUCGAUUUCAGUUCAGGAUCUACAAAAACCAAACAACAAAAGGUAACCAACUUGCUUGCUUCUCCUGAUUUGAACAUGCUGAAGUUGGCAUCUCCAGAACUAGAGAAAAUGAUCAUUCAAGCAAAUGGAUUGGUCACUACCACGCCAACACCAACCCAGUUUAUUUUCCCAAAACAUGUCACCGAAGAGCAGGAGCAGUAUGCACGAGGAUUCGUGGAGGCAUUAGCAGAACUUCAUCAAAUUAAGCCCCAUCCUCCGCAUGAUAGCCGGAGCAGUGUCAAGGUUGAAAAUUCAGACAGCGAUGAUGACUCCCAGUCCUCGUAUUCAAAUAGUGAAGGAAUCCUUGGUUUGACAACAACAACUUCCCUGCCAGGGGGGUUAACAACAGGGGCUAAUAUUCCACGCAUUGCAACAAACUUUUCUCAGUUUAACUCAAGAAUUGAUGAAAUUAAGGAAGAACCGCAAACUGUUCCAUGUGUUGGAUCCCCACCCCUGUCUCCCAUUAAUAUGGACAAUCAAGAAAAAAUCAAACUUGAACGAAAAAGAGCGAGAAACCGAGUCGCUGCCAGAAAAUGUCGAACCAGAAAAUUGGAACGCAUUGCCAGACUUGAAGAACGUGUAGCUGAAUUGAAAGGACAAAAUAACCAGUUGGUUACUUCAGCUAGUUCUCUCAAAGACCAAGUGUGUAAACUGAAACGGCAGAUCAUAGAGCAUGUGAAUAGUGGAUGCUCGAUCAUGAUCUCCUCAUCACUGCAGCUUUGAUAAACUAGAAGUCCCAGAGAAGUGCCUGUAUUGUGUUCGGAAUUCCUGUUUGUAUAUGUUGUAUCUGAUUCUCACAGUGCCAAUUAUUCUGACAGUGGGUGAAAAUAAAUCGUCAUGACAUCUGAAUUUGUAUCAAAAAACAUUCUCUAAAGUCUUUUUAGUUCUCUGUAUUUUAAGAUUUUCUCUGUUUAGUUGUGUUAUGAUUCUGUUUUGAAUGUAUCUGUUAUGAUAGGGAACACAGGAAACCUUAAGAAUACGAGGGAAUCGAGUUAUUUCCCUUUAAUAAAGUCUAUGAAUCUGUUUAUUGUAUCACACUCUCUGCAUGAAUCAUUUGUAAAUCCAUCCACAUUAUUGAUGAACUGAUAUUGCUUUUUAUGUUUAUAUCUUUUUUUACAUUUGAUACUGAUUAAAUUAUUUUUAUAAAAUAUGAAA